AUGGGUAUUUAUUCCAUCGCGUCUCUAUUUGUCUUCGUUGGGGCAGCAAUAGAAGCCGGAAUCAAGAAGUGUAUGGAACAAACCGCCUUCUACAUCGUUAUAGGCAUCAUAACUAGCGCCCAGCAGUUCUAUCUAAUAUGUAAUCAGGAUCAGGUGAAAAAGAUCAUCGACAUCUUGAAGGGGUACCAAGAACGACACGAAGGAAAAUGGCAGGCGGAUAUGUUCGAAGGGGAAUCUCUCAGGGUAUGGAAAGUGUUAAGGUACUACAAUAUGGUGAUGGGUUCGUACAACAUAUUCUACUUCAGUCUCCCAUUCGUGGUGGAUUUAGUCGGCGGUCUCAUCAAUCCCGAUUUUCCGGUGGUGAGAUUUCCUCUCCCCACCCAACAGUACGUUGAAGAUUACGAACCUCGAAGCUGGGGAAACGUGUUGUACUCUCUGAUAGGCAUCACCUCAGGAAUACUCACUAUCGAGAUGAACAUAGGCAUAGAGGCAUUGAUAUACAUAUCCAUAAUAUAUACCAAGACAGAGCUGAAUAUGAUUAAGAAAAAAUUGGUGAUAAUCAAGGAGGUGAUGGAACGAAAGGGGGACAACUACCGUGUGGAGGUUGAGAGGUUGAUGAAGGAUGUGACGAGGCACCACCAGAGCACACUAGAGUAA